AUGUCCAUCGAAAACCUCAAGUCCCAUGACCCCUUCGCCGACGCGGACGAAGACACCGGCGAGACCAAACAGUCUCAGGACUACAUCCACAUUCGGAUUCAGCAGCGCAAUGGUCGUAAAACUCUGACCACUGUUCAGGGUCUCCCCAAGAAGUUCGACCAGAAGAAGAUUCUCAAAGUCAUUAAGAAGAAGUUUGCCUGCAAUGGCACCAUCGUCGCAGACACUGAGAUGGGCGAGGUGAUUCAGCUGCAAGGAGAUCAGCGUAAGGAUGUUCAGGAUUUCUUGACCGGCAAGGAAGGCCUCGAGCUUGAUGCCAAGACCAUCAAGGUGAGCAUCCGUCCAUCCCCAAAUUUCCAAGAUAGAUCUAACCCCACAUUCCAGGUCCACGGCUUCUAA